AGAUGAAUCCUGGCUCUAACCCUUCCCCUGGAUCCCCACCCAUUCUGAGCCUGCCAGGGAAGAGGACUAGCCAAUCUCUGAUGUUCAUGCCGUUCAAAGCCACACCCCCAGCCACCAUGACUUGGAGGGUAUAAAUAACCCCGUUUCAAAGCUCAUGGCCUGAGAAUUCAUACCUGUCUCAGUCAGGCAGCUCCUGGAUGAACACAGGCACCACACCUCCCAUUCCCACAUACACACAGAAGAGGUGCUCCAGCCAGACCGGUGCCACAAGAAGGCUGUUGGCUGCUAGCCUGUGGAGGAACACCUGCCAGGUGGAGCAGAGGCUAGGCUGGACCCGGAGGAGGGGAAACAGGCUCUUCUAGAGCCAGUCAGCCUAGAGACGCAGAGCUUUGCUGUUGCCAGUGGAGAGGAUCAUGCCAAGGAACUGUUGACCCCAGCUACCAGCUAAUAAUUAUGUCAUCGGGCCAGCGGUUAUGGCACACAGCUAUGCUACCCCACCGCCAGAGCAGCCCCACAGGCACAGUGCCCAAGUCCCCCGCCUCAGUUGGCAGCCCCAGGUCCCCUGGUACUCCUGGCUCAGAGAGGGUGGCCUCCCCACUGGAAUGUUCCAUCUGCUUCUCAGGCUACGACAACAUCUUCAAGACACCCAAGGAGCUUUCCUGUUCUCAUGUCUUCUGCCUUGAGUGUUUGGCUAGGCUGGCAGCUGCCCAGCCUGCAGGCGGUCCUGGCAGAGAUGCUGUGCCCUGCCCAUUCUGCCGGCAGCCCACCACUGUGCCUGCUGCUGGGGCUCCUGCACUGCGCACCAGUCGUCAGCUACAGGCCAAGAUGCCAGCACACCUACAGAAGGAGGAGCCUGUGUGGCUUGAGGGCACCAAACUGUGCUGCCGCCCCUUGCCCAACGCUUCUGGCCGAGAGGCCAGUGGCUUUGUGAGUGUGGAUGUAGGCUUGAACAAACCAGCUGAGCCUACCCUACCAGUACCUGUUGAGAACCCUGCACCCAACCGAAGCCGUUUGGCCCGCUGUUGGGCACGCUUUGCGGACUGGCGUCGUGUAGCCCUGGUUUCUGUGCUGUUGCUGGUCCUCUUUUGUGUGGUACUCUGGCCUGUGCAGUGUGCGCUCAAAACUGGAAAUCUGCGCUGCCUUAACCGGCCACCUACAGCCACUGCCACUGUCACUGCCACCACCAAUGCCCUCACCCUUGGGCCCCUAGCCAACAACUAAGGUCACCACUUGGGCAAGGCCAGCUAGUCCACCAGCUUCGUGGAUGGGUCUCUGACCCACUGAGGUCAAGAACACAGCAGCUUUAGAUGUU